AUGACUUCAAUUGGUACUGGUUAUGAUUUAUCCAAUAGUGUUUUUUCACCGGAUGGUAGAAAUUUCCAAGUUGAAUAUGCAAUGAAGGCAGUUGAAAAUGGAGGAACCUCAAUUGGACUCAAAUGCAAAGACGGGAUAGUCUUGGCUGUUGAAAAAAUCAUAAAUUCUAAGUUGUUGGUGGCAGGACUGAACAAGAGAAUUCAGACCAUUGAUAGACAUAUCGGGGUUGCAUACUCUGGGUUGUUACCAGAUGGACGCCAUUUUGUAAAUAGAGGAAGAGAUGAAGCACAAUCUUUCAAAUCUUUAUAUAAGAGUGCAGUUUCAGUCCCUCAUUUAAUGGACAGAUUGGGAAUUUACGUACAAAACUAUACUUGCUACAAUUCCGUUAGACCAUUUGGUAUAGUUGCCAUUGUCGGUGGUGUUGACGAAAACGGACCUCACUUAUAUAUGAUCGAACCAAGUGGAACAUGUUGGGGUUACACUGGAGCAGCCACGGGGAAAGGUAGACAAACUGCCAAGUCAGAAUUAGAAAAGUUAAACUUCGAAGAAUUGACAGUUAGGGAGGCUAUAAAGGUUGCUGCUAAGAUUAUUGACCAAGCUCAUGAAGACAACAAAGAUAAGGAUUAUGAAUUGGAAGUUACUUGGUGUUCGUUGGAAGAAACCGGUGGUAAGCACGUACAUGUCCCAGAGGAUUUGUUGCAAGAAGCAAUUAAGUUAGCCAAAGAAGACGACGAUGAUGAUGACGAUGAAGAAGAAGAUGAUGAUGAAGAAGAAGAUCAAGAAAUGGAGACCUAA